GCCGCCUCAGCUUCCCGGGCGGUGCCGGGGCCCUGGGGCGGCCCGUGCCUAUGAACCUCUUCGCCACUUGGGAGAUCGACGGCUCCAGCCCUAGCUGCGUCCCCAGUCUGGCUUUAACAGAACGCCUCUGAGGAUUUAAACGUGCUGAAGAUGAAUCUUUGAAGAGCUCCUCUUUCUCUUUUCUUUUUAAUGGGAAUGCAGCAAGUGAGGAAAAAGGGAACAGAGCCAUCGGGCUGACCUCACAGGAAUGUUGUGCAGCUUGACAUUAAAGAAACUGGUAGUCUUAAAGGAAUUGGAUAAGGAGCUUAUUUCUGGGGUCAUUGCUGUCAAAAUGCAGGGUUCCAAGCGCAUCCUGCGGUCUCACGAGAUUGUAUUGCCCCCGAGUGGACAUGUGGAGACGGAGCUUGCACUGACCUUCUCACUGCAGUACCCUCACUUCUUGAAGAGAGAAGGCAACAAGCUUCAGAUCAUGCUGCAGCGGCGGAAGCGGUACAAGAACCGAACCAUUUUAGGCUACAAGACUCUGGCCGUGGGGUCUAUCAACAUGGCUGAGGUCAUGCAGCACCCAACAGAAGGUGGUCAGGUUCUGAGCCUUUUCAGCAACAUCAAAGAGGCUGCAGUGAAGGUAGCAGAAAUCUGGAUCUUCUCCUUGUCAAGUCAGCCGAUUGACCAUGAAGACAGCACUAUGCAGGCCAGCCAGAAAAUCAAGUCUACAGACAACUAUUCCGAGGAAGAGUACGAGAGCUUCUCUUCUGAGCAGGAGGCCAGUGAUGAUGCCGUACAGGGCCAGGAUUUGGAUGAUGAUGAGUACGAGCUGGGGAAGCCCAAGAAGCAGCGGAGAUCGAUAGUAAGAACGACGUCCAUAACCAGGCAACAAAACUUCAAACAGAAGGUUGUGGCAUUACUGAAGAGGUUUAAAGUGUCUGACGAGGUUCUGGAUUCAGAGCAGGACCCGGCAGAGCAUGUUCCAGAGGUUGAGGAGGAUUUGGACCUUCUGUAUGACACACUGGAUAUAGAGAACCCUAGUGACAGCGGGCCAGAAAUGGAGGAUGAUGACAGCGUCUUGAGCACUCCAAAGCCAAAGUUAAAACCUUAUUUUGAAGGACUGUCACACUCCAGCUCUCAGACGGAAAUUGGUAGCAUCCACAGCAUCAGGAGCCAGAGAGAGCCAUCAAGCCCUCAGGUAGAAGUGCCUGAAAAGACAAAGAGUCUUGGAACCAAACAUGCAGGCGACAGUAUUUCUGACACUGUCUCUUAUGAAUCUAACCAGCAAGCUGAGGUCCAGGAAGCUGAACUUCCCACACCAGAUGUGUUUGUUGAGAAGCUCCCACCCAGCGGGAAGAUCACUAAGACAGAGUCCCUCAUUAUCCCGUCCACCAGCAGGUCUGAAGGGAAGCAGACGGGACGUCGGGGAAGGAGCACAUCUCUGAAGGAGAGGCAGCCAGUGAGACCACAGAACGAGAGAGCGAACAGUCUGGACAAUGAACGCUCUCCAGACACCCGACACCACUUACAGAUCCCCAGGAAAACAGUGUAUGACCAACUAAAUCACAUCCUGGUUUCCGAUGACCAGCUGCCAGAAAACAUUAUUCUUGUCAAUACUUCUGACUGGCAAGGCCAGUACCUAUCAGAUGUCUUGCAAAAGCAUACCUUGCCAGUGGUCUGCACAUGCUCCUCAGCUGAUAUUCAGGCAGCUUUCAGCACUAUUGUCUCCAGGAUACAGAGAUACUGUAACUGCAAUUCACAGCCUCCAAACCCAAUUAAAAUCGCAGUGGCUGGAGCCCAGAAUUACCUCAGCGCUGUAUUGAGGCUCUUUGUAGAGCAGCUGUCUCACAAAACCCCAGACUGGCUCGGCUACAUGAGAUUUUUGAUCAUCCCUCUAGGCUCUCAUCCAGUGGCCAAGUAUCUGGGGUCUGUAGAUUAUAGAUACAACAACUUCUUCCAAGAUCUAGCCUGGAGAGAUCUGUUCAACAAACUUGAAGCACAGACCACUGUUCCAGAAACGCCUGAUGUUGUCUCCCGGAUAACACAGUAUAUAGCAGGGGCAAACUGUGCACACCAGUUGCCCAUUGCUGAAGCGAUGCUGACGUACAAGCAGAAAAGGAAAAAGAGCUUUCAUUUUGAUUUUACCAUAAGCCCUGAUGAAGAAUCUUCGCAGAAGUUCAUUCCCUUUGUCGGGGUGGUGAAGGUUGGAAUAGUGGAACAAUCUUCUGCAACAUCAGGUGACUCUGAUGACGCAGCUCCCUCAAGCUCCAGUGUCCUUUCUUCUACCCCACCUUCUGUGUCUCCUGCUGUGAAAGAAGCCUCCCCCACACCACCUUCCUCACCGUCUGUCACAGGCAGCUUCUCAUCCCCAAGCCAGAGCCUCGGUGCUGAGUUGAUGGGCCUGCAGGUGGAUUACUGGAUUGCAGCUCCACCCAUGGACAGAAAGAGAGACCCGGAGAAGAAGGACCCCUCCACUACCAAAAACACACUGAAAUGCACUUUCCGGUCCCUCCAGGUCAGCAGGUUACCUGCCAGCGGUGAGAUUGCCACCACUCCAACAAUGUCCAUGACUGUCGUGACAAAAGAGAAGAACAAGAAAGUGAUGUUUUUGCCCAAGAAAACGAAAGACAAGGAGGUUGAGUCGAAGAGCCAGUGUAUCGAAGGAAUCAGCAGGUUGAUUUGCACAGCGAAACAUCAGCAGAACAUGCUGCGUGUCUUGAUCGAUGGUGUGGAGUGGAAUGACGUCAAGUUCUUUCAGCUGGCAGCACAGUGGUCCUCUCAUGUCAAGCACUUUCCCAUCUGCAUAUUUGGACACUCCAAAUCUAACUUCUAGCCGUGCUCGGCGGAGGGACCUUCUGUCCGUCCCAGGGACUGCACACCAGGAGCCAGGAAUUGCGUGCCAACUCUGACUCGCGUCGCUCUGCCCUCUCCUGCAGAAUUAAUUACAGAUGUGCUUGGAUUACUUUUGAAUUACUUUUUUCUAUUAACUCUUAAGUUUACUACAAGGGAAGGAAACCCCUUUAAACAAAGGCAAAAAACCCCAGUCUUAACUAUAGAUGUGCUGACAACAUGAAGUUGUGGGGGAGUUGGCAGGAGCAGGCACCCUGCCCAAGAACACCUACCACUUACGAGCAGAUAGCUGAAUAACUGCACUGCUUAUUAACCUGAGACCUCAUUGGUGUGAGUGGGCUGGGGGAGCCGUGGAUCAGCUUGAACGGAUUUUGCAGAAGAUAAUGUGCUUUACAGUGCGUUUGGCCCCCUCCCUCUGUGUUUCUAGGAAAAAAAGAUGGCCAGUCUUUCUUCCUGCUGCCAAAGGACGAGAGAUCAGCGAGUCUGGGGCGAGUUCAACUGUCUGGUUUGGAAAACAAACCGCUCUCAUGGCUAGGGAGGUCUCAGAGGAGAUCCCCUUCAGAGUAUGGAGUCUGCCACAGGGACGGGCAGGUGUUUGUGCUGAAGCGUUGCCUCAGGAGGGUUGGGCAGGAACAGGAAUUAGGAAAACAGUAGGUGUAAGGAAAGGCCAAUGUUCCAGGUCUGUGACAAUGACCAAACCGAGCCAGUCACAAUGUCCCCGCAGCUGGCUGCGCUGCUGAGGGACACCGCGUCAGUGGGGUCGCUGCUAUUUACAUACUCACACCGAUUAUUUACCUGUCAAUAAAACCUCGUCCAGCCUCUAAAGGGAAAGGAUUUUUCUUAACAGCUGCAGAUUUUUUUUAAUGCUUUCUAAAAAAAAAAAAAAAAAAAUAUGUAGAGAAAAAAAAAAGUUGCCAAAAAAAACCCAAACAAACCCAGGAAGAUGAGCCGUUGUCUGUGAAGUAAUACAUCACUGUAGUGGCUGGACUGGGAGCCAGCCAGGCGCUCUGCAUGUCCAGCUGCCUUCCCGUCCAUCUGUCAAACCGCACACGUGAGGUAGCGUGGGCUGCUUUAUCUGCUGCCUUUGUCCUGCCCUGACUGCCCUGUGCUCCCCAGAGCCUGCUGCUGUCCCCCACGCACGUCCCCCCGGGCUGGGCACAGGCUGCCCGGCCUCGGGGCCGCUGUGGGAGCGCGAUUUCGCCGUCCCCUUGAACCACCUGGGGCCUCUCCUCACAGGGACUGUGAGACUAACAGUCUGCCACGGCAGCCUCCUGUGGGCUGCUCUGUAGAAGGAUGUUGUCCUUACCUUCUGCUUUCCCAAUGUUCCUCCCCAUGGGCAUUUCUCUGUGGAUUGCAUCCCUUCCCCAGCAGGAUAUGCUUUUGCUCUGGUGCGGCAUUGCCUGUGGGUUGAGGCUUUGCUGGGGGUUUCAGUCCCAAGGUGCAGUGGAAGCUGUAGUUGGGAUGUGAGAGGGGAUGAAGCCAGUGAGGUUCUCCGUCCACCUUGGGCAGCAGGGUGCCCUGUGAGAUGGAAGAGUGAGAUUUUCAGGUGUCUGGCGCUGUGUUUUGGCUCCAGCUGUACUUGUGCUCACUUUGUGCACCUCGCUGCUGCCAGGGAUGCUUGGGGUGCCAGGACAAGGAGAUGCUUUUACAAGGAGACAGCGUGACAAGCUGCAUGUCUGGGUGGCUCUGGGUGCUCCAGAUACGGUCUUUUGCUCUCCCAGCUUUCCGAGGCAUGCCUGGGGGGAAGCGGGAGCUGUGUGUUUGCCAUGUGGAAGAACAGACAUCUCUGGUGUUUCAGGGUAAAGGACUGAAGUUUUUGAUGGGGUCCUUUUGGGUCCCACCCCAGUGGGCAGGCCAGGCUCUGUGAGCAUUUCCAGAAGGCACUUUCUGAUGGCAAUGAUGCUUUUGAACCUUUCUUCUUUAUUCUUUUUUGUUUAACCCCUUACCCUUGGGUUUUUAAAGGCUUGGGGAACCCUCUUUGGCCUUGCUUGGCAGGUCCUGCUCAGUGCAGGGACCACCUGGGCACUUUUGGGCAGGGCAGUGGUGGUGUCUCUGUUCAGUCUUCUCCUGCUGAUGGGGAGCGAGGGGUUAUUAAGCAAACGUGUGGUCCCUGCUGGAUCUAGUGCCUGUCGAGGUUCACAGCACGGGCUGCUUCACUGACUCCGAUUUCAUGAAGCCCUUUCCCAGCACAAGUGCAACCGACUUGGCCAUGAACUGGGUAUUCCCUUCAAACCACGCAGGGGAGGAGAAUGUGGUCCUGCGCCUGGUGGCAUGCUGCUGGGCAGGACAUCUUGUCUAGUUGCAAUACUCUGUUUCGUCCCGCAGGCAGGUCUGCCUGCCGUCUGCUAGCUCUUGGCUGUGGCAGCGGCUCAGCUGUAGUUGGAAUGUUGUUGUGUCCCUCAGUUCAUGCAUUUUCGGUUGACCUGAGCUGAUGCUCUGGGAGUGUAUAGCGUUGCCUAGCAGCAGUAGUGUGGGAGAUGGUAUAUAAGCACAUCACUUCUUUUUCUUUAUUGAGGCUGUUGCAUCAAAAAAAACCCAAAACUUUUUUUAAAGGAAAAUAGUCAGCGUGUGAUUUCUUCCUUGAGUCUCACGCUGGUGUGACAAGAGCGAUGGGGCUGAGUUCCAGCGUCAGGAGCCGCGUGCAGCCUGAGCAGCUCUGGGUGUCGGGGUGUGUUACUGCUGCAGAGGUGGGGAGGACUGACUGACUGCAAUAACUUUGUUUACUGGGGGGGUGAGGGGGGAACCAUCACUGUGCUCCUCUUUGUAUUUCAACCUACUGUAAAGAAACAAACGGUAGCUAGGACAGGAUUUCCAGGGUCCUGCCUAUCAAAUGUGUGUUGCCCUGCUCUACUCUGUAUGUGUGUGUGUAUGUACGUGUGAGAGAAACACUUCUGCUCGUUGCAUUUCAUGUUGGUUUGUGUUUUGUUCUAACUUUACGCAAGUGAAUUCACUGGGAAACUCUCUGUAUACCUCAGACCUGAGGGCUUGUAUCUCCGCAGGGUUUCUCCCUUGUGGAAAGCUGCCGUUGCUCUGAAACACCUCUUCCAUGCCAGGAAGCAUCCCAGCUUCUCAGCCUUGUCCUCCUGGAGCCCAGCAGUGGCAGGCUGGGCCUGCUGGCGGGCAGCUAAGCACCCGGAGCUGGCUGUGGCGAUUCCCAGCCUCGGAGGCAAGGGCUGGCACCCGAGAUUGGGGGUGCUGCGCCGGUCGGGGCGUUGUGCCUCUGUUGUUCCUCCUGGUAUUGUGUGGAGCCGCUUUGUGCAGCUGUUUCUGUCCCUGAUUGGAGGAGAAACAGGUUUCUGUCUCUUAAGAAAAAUGAGCGUCAAAGCACGCACGUGACUCAGGCCAUUUUGGGAAGGGGCUCUGUGCCUGGGGAUGUGAAUGAGUGACUGAUUGUGGGUGUCUCGCCCUCCCAGUUUCCCCAGCAGCUUCCUGGGGGAUCCUGCCAUUAGCAGCCCCUCCAGCCAGAGGCAUCCCUGCUGUGGGCCAGGGAGAGCUGCUGGGGCAGCAACGGGCCCGCGCCUGCAGAGCUGUGCCAGCCUGGUGGGGUUGGGCGGUUGCAUGCAGGUCGAUGCGUGCCGAAGGAUGGCUCAGGGCAGAGACGGAAUCUCUCCGUGUUCAGCUCUCGAGAGUUUUGGCCAGGAAAGUGCAACUCAGAUGCAGAAAUGCAGUGGCGUUACCUCAUCUGCCUGUGUUAGAUGGGGCUUGCUUCGGAGAGCAGGGGCUGGAGGGGCAGCAUCUGAGCUGAUCUCUGGCUGAGAGGUGCUUUGAAGGCAGUGUCCCCUGGUCUCCCUGUCCCUUUGUGUCCCAGAGCUCGCCCCUGCUCCCCACAGAGCUCCUACCUCCUGCUCCCCUGGCUGUGGCUUCUCAAAGCAGCCAGUUUCUUUCCCAGCUGCUCUUGGGCGAAGGGCCCUGCCUCGCUCGGGUGAGGUGCUGGGAACGGGCUCGCUGCUGCGCUGGGCUGACCUAGUUUAGCAGCGCUGGAGCAGCCGAAAGACAGCAGGUUUUUGUGGGACUGUGUCACACCUUGAGCGCUUCCUGCUCUUCUGGGUUGAGUUUCCUGGAGACAAAGGCCGGACCUGAGCCCUGCCAGCGUUAAGGUCAGGGCUGGCUCUCCCGCGGCGCUGGUGGCAGUGUGGGCAUCUUGGGCGGCUGCUUGAGCUCAGCGCUGCAGUUCCCAUCCAGUUUAAUUGUUACAGUUUACAUCUCAGCGGUAACUGCAGAGCGCUCCUUAAUUACACAUGAGUUUAGGGAGAGCCGCUGUCUCUUCGGCUGUGUUUUGCUGCUGUAAUUAGCACGCACUCAUGGCUUUAUCCUGCCAAGAGGGCAGGGGUAGGUGGCUGGGAGGUUUCUGGGGCUGGAGAUGUGCCUGUUUGCUUUCCGUCAUCAGACUGAGCCGAGAACCACGCUGCCCUGCACUUAACCUGUGAUUGCAGUGAAGGCUGUCGUAUUUCUCACCAGCAGCGUGUGCUGGAGGGAGUGCUGGAGAGCCAGGGUAGAGGGCAUCACGCUGGCACCUCCAAGCUGGAGAAGAGAAUCCUGGCGAGAGGCAGCAGAGACAGUGGGCUUCCCGAUCCCUCAGCAUGCCAAACGGCCGGGGAAGGCUGGGAUUAGGGCAGUCCCACUGUCCAGCAGUAAAGGGCUGGGGGCCCUGGAGCUUUCUUGAAGCUAGGUUGGAUGCAAUGCCUCUGUCCCCUUCAUUCAGGGCGUCUCAAUCUUGGCGGAUAGCUGUGUGGUGGCAUUUUAGUAUGACACUCCUUCUGGGCUUCACUGUCAGGGAGAAGGCCAGAAAUGAGCAGCAGCAUCUCCAGAAGGUUUCCUGGAGCCUCUUCAACAGGGUUCUCCAGGGAGAUGCUCCUGGCAGGGCUGGCUCCUGCAGGCUCACUUGGCUGCUUUGGGACAGACUGGGGGAGAAGGGGACAUGCCAACUUGGAAAGCAGCAGGUUAUUGGUUUUCUUAAGGAAGAGCACACAGGUACGGGGCCACAUCCAGUGAGCUGCUGCUUUGCGCCUUGGCGAGAGGGUUGCCAGCGUGCCGCCUGCCUGGUUGCGUAUGUGCUGUGGCCACGGGGAAGCGCCGUGCCGGCGUGGGUACAGGGACUGCGUGCCGCCAGCCAUGUCUGGGCCGCGGCGUAUGAGGGGACAUUACCACUUCGUAGAUUCCCGAGUUGUCCAUCUGUUUCAUUGUUGUAUUGUUUGGGUUCUAGGUUGUUGGGUUGUUUGUUUUUUUUUUUUUUUAUGAAGACAGAUUAAAUGUAAAUAGCCUUUUUUUGGAACAAACUGCAACGUGCUCGACCUCGUCAACUAUUUUAUGGUACUAAUGCAACACUAAUAAAACUGGACAUGAAAGCACA